UGAAACUUUCCUGAUUAAUCUCUCGGAGCAUGCACAGAGUCCAGCGUGCGCACAUGAAACACCAGCUCACGCUCCUGUUUCCUGUCCGACACUCCAGGAUCAUAUAGCACACUGAUGUUCUGCGUCCUGCUGUGUGUGUAGUGUGUCUGUGCUGUGUGUGUCUGUGUGUGUCUGUGGGCUGGCUGAGUGACGCGCCUGUAUGAGUCGGACUCUGCGCUGCAUUAAAGAGGCAGCGGGCAGCGGAGAGCGCACAACAGUGGAGCACAGAGAGGCGUCCCAACAUCACAGCUACACCACUACCAUCACCACCGACAUCACACCACCACCACCACCUCCAUCUCCACCACAGGGCAGCACCUCCACGCCGCCGUGCCUGCUCUGCCCAGCCUCGGCCUCUGCGCGCUCUCCCCGCGGAGGAAACAUGCUGCCGCUCCGGCCGCGUCAUUAACUCAUCUACCCGAGAAACAAGCAGCUCAGCGGGGCUCUAACAGCCUGAACCACCGCCAGGACCCCCCGGCUGAAAGGAGCUUUUAAAAACCGUCUCUUACUGGACGCCUAUUGGAUUUCUCUGAGCAGCCAUGGGCAGCAAGACCCUGCCAGCACCGGUCCCCCUCCACCCGUCCCUCCAGCUGGCCAACUACUCCCUCCUGCAGAGCUCCACAGGCCUCCAGCUGCCGGCAGAUAACUUUCACAGCAUCUACAGCUUCAGCGCCCUGCAUGCCAUCCACCUCCACCAGUGGACCCUCGGCUACCCUCCGCUCGGCCUCCCCCGCUGCACCAUCUCCAAGCUGCCUGCCCAGUUCUCCUCCAUGGCCUCCAUCCCCUUGUUCCCCCACCUCCUACAGCCCAGGCAGGACUCAGCAGGGCUGCUGCAGAGCUCCAAGAACAAGCCCCGCUUUGACUUCGCCAACCUGGCCACAGCAGCCACCCAGGAGGAUCACCUGAAGGCUGAGGAUCUGAGCAUGUCGGGAGCUGCUGCGGCGGCUGCUGCAGCUCAGGCUUCAUCUCACCACCCGAACGCAGCCGGCCUGGGAUGCCUCCUGGACGUGACCAAACUGUCCUCACCGGAGCGCAAGUCCAGCCGAGGACGCCUGCCCUCCAAGACAAAGAAAGAGUUUGUCUGCAAGUUCUGCGGCCGCCAUUUUACCAAAUCCUACAACCUGCUGAUCCACGAGAGGACGCACACAGACGAGAGGCCGUACACCUGUGAUAUCUGCCACAAAGCCUUCAGACGACAGGACCACCUCCGGGACCACAGGUACAUCCACUCCAAAGAAAAGCCCUUCAAAUGUCAGGAGUGUGGGAAGGGCUUCUGUCAGUCCAGGACUCUGGCCGUCCACAAAACAUUACACAUGCAGGUCAAGGAACUGAAGCCGGCCAAGAUCAAGUGAUUCACUGAGCCAGCAGGGACGGGACAGGGACACUGGAAAAACACGACCAAAGACAAUAAAAGAACAACCAAAGACUUUUUCAUCUCAGAGCCCUCCGCAGCGAUGGGAAUACUUCUCAAGGAUGAAAUGUUUCAGCAGCCAGAUCCUAAAGAAACACCACAGAAACAAGCCUUAGUGGAGGAGUGUAUGCGUAGUUAUCAAAGCCUGAUUUGGCAGAGGACCCAGUGGACGUGUGGAAUGUGAAACGGACCUAAAAACCUCUGAGUGGCUGCUCGGGGAAAACUCCGGAGCUUCAAUCCAAAGACUUUUUAUGAGGGACACGACUCUUAUGCAAUUUUUUAAAACAAAAGCUGAGAAUGAUCAAAGCCAUGUUAACAUAGACACGUUUUCAGUAUCACAUUCCAAUGUUAUUUUUGUACAGAAACAUUAUAUCAGAACUGUAUUUUUGCACUUUAACCUGAUUAUUGAUUAUUUACAUGUAUCACUGGAUUUCUUAAACAUAUUUUCAGAAUGAAUAAUCAUUUCUAAAUAAAAUAUUUUACUGUAA